GUUUAGCCGAUGUUUCUCGAAGUGCGCCGGAGCCGCUCGACCCGAAAACAGUGCGUUUUCCAGCUGCUCUUUGUCCGCCACCACCAGAGCGACGACGCGUUUCCCUUUAAGAUGAUGUCGGACACUGUCCUGCGUCGCUUCACUGUUUUAUGUAACGUCGACAGGCGCAAACUUGGACUUAGCAACGCGGCUUUGAAGCGGCAGCGCUAGGGCAGCGGCGUAGCAUCCCGGCGGAUCCCAUCACACCUCAAAGUCGGCGGCGGCGGCGCUGGGGACCAACUAACAGCAGCUGGCGUCCCUCCUUCUCCGGGGGAGAAUGUGCGGCGGUGCAGCGCGAGGAGCAGCCUGGCGUCGAGGCGCAGCGCAGACGAGGCUCCGGUGACCGUGUGGAGGAUCCAGCGCGCGUUCGGCCACGUCCAAAGGAGCUCCUCCUUCCUCCACCUGGGGAACCGCCAUCGCCACAGCCUCCACCUUUAGCUCCCGCACCAUGACAUCUGCAGAUUCCCCCCCGCUGGUCUCCCCCUCCCCGUGCCCGGCCCCCCCUCCCUCCCUCCCCUCCUCGCCGGUGCCGUCCUCCCCCGCUCCGUCCUCCUCCUCCCUGCCCGCCCCCCCCUCGCUGCCUCCCACCGGCGAGGUGAUGGUGCUGGCGCUGGGCAGGAAGAAGCAGAGAGUCCUGAUCGCCCUCUCCAUCCUGCCCAACCUCUUCCUGGCGUUCCUCCUCUGCUCGGACCCGCUCAUCACGCUGUCGCCGCCGCACCGCUGCCACCUCCCGGGGCCCCUGCCCUCACCGGAGGUCCUGAAUGCCUCGCUGCCGUGGGAGAAGGGGAGGAGGCCCGGGGACGGCGGGGGCCUGUCCCAGUGCAAGCAGUACGUGAACAGCAGCCAGGCGGCGGUGGUGGGCUGCGAGGCCGGAUGGGACUACAACGUCACGGAGGGGCUGAGGAACAACAUCGUUACGGAGUGGGACCUGGUGUGUGGUCAAUACUGGCUGGUCCCAGUGGAGGAAGUGUGCUUUAUCCUUGGAAUCCUGACUGGCUGUCUGGGCCUGGGCUACACUGCAGACAGGCUGGGCCGCUCCAGGACGCUGCUGACCUCUCUGACCCUGUCGGUGGUGUUCGGGGUGCUGGUGUGCGUCUCUCCGUACCCCUCCAUCUUCGUGGUCAUGCGUUUCUGCCUGGCGGCCACUAGUGCGGGCGUGUACCUCACCCUGUACAUCACCCGUCUGGAGCUGUGCGAGCCGCCCCUGCGCCUGCUGGCGACCACGCUGGGGGGGCUGGUGACCGUGGCCGGGGAGCUGCUGCUGCUGGCGGUGGCGCUGGGCUGCCAGUCGUGGAGGGGGCUGCUGGGAGCCGGGGCAGCACCGCUCAUGCUGUUUCUCAGCUACGGCAUUCCCGGAGUGUUUCCAGAGUCUCCGCGCUGGCUGCUCCUGCUGGAGCGAUCUGCAGACGUGAACUCCUUCAGCGACAGGAGACGCUCCAGCAGAGAAGUGAGGGACGACGAGAGCUUCACAGAGCUGGACUCAGAGCCGGCGCCCUCCUCACGGCCCCGCCUCUCCUUCCCUGAGCUCUUCCACAGCAGAAACAUCUGGAAGAACAUCUGUGUGCUGGGCUUCACCUCGUUCAUCUCUCACGGCAUUAGUCACUGUUACAGCUCCUUCCGCGGUGACGUCAGGGGCACCGCCCCCAGCUUCUACUGGACGUACCUGCUGUCCGUGUGUGCCGGGGGCGGGGCCUGGCUCUCGCUCUGGGCAGCAGUGGACAGGUGCGGUCGCCGCGGCAUCCUGCUGCUCUCCAUGACGAUGACGGGGCUGGCCUCUUUGAUCCUCCUGGGGCUCAUGGAGUACCUCAGCGAGGCAGCCAUUACGGUUUUCUCAGUGCUGGGCCUGUUCUCCUCCCAGGCCACUGCAUCCCUCUGCAUCCUCUUCACUGCGGAGGUCAUGCCCACCAUCAUCAGGGGCACCGGCGUGGGCGUCGUCCUCGCCCUGGGCUGCGUGGGCCGACUCAGCUCCCCGCUCAUGGACCUGAGGAACCACUACGGCUACUUCCUGCACCACGUGGUCUACUCGUCUCUGGCCCUGCUGGCCGUGCUGUCCAUCCUGCUGCUGCCCGAGAGCAAGAGGAAGCCGCUGCCCCAGACGCUGGCCGACGGGGAGCAGUACAAGCGCCCCCCGCUGGGCAGGAGGAGGAGGGACAACGUCCCGCUGCUCGCCACGCCCAACCCAGAGACCUGAGCCGCCCGCAGGGAGCGCCGCCACGACAUUCCCAUCAGCAAGCUCACGCGGCAGAGAGGACGGACGGGGCAGCACAGAGACUCAGCCGAGCGUCUAAGCUUCCUAACAUAUCAUGCCGUCGUCAUUCCAAACGCUCGCGUCUUCUACCGUUCCCUUCUGACCAGAUGACGCCGCACACCAGCACUGCUGCACGCGGACCCUGUUAGCUGCUCGCUGCGCAUUUAUUCUUAGCGCUCGUCUGAACCUGCAUAGACUCUUUUUUAUUGUGUUUGAUGUGUAUGACAACGGUACAGAAAAGUACUAUGAAGUCGAUCCUUGUGUCCUUUCGUGCGAUGCGUUCACAUCUGGCCUGGUUCUCGGCCUGCGGAGCUCGCAGCUUUCCUACUGUAAAUACUCUAGACUUAGUUUCUUUAACUUCUUGGGCCGUGUUUUGUUGAAACAACCCCUGCAGGUGGAAUCAAGAAAGUGAACUUCCUGAAUGCUCCGAGUCAUGUGUCACACAGAAAAGUUCAAUGUGAGGUUGCAAAAACAGAAGCGAUGAAGAGGAUGUUAGUGUUUGAAUGUGUGAAUCCUGCUGAAUCUGGCCUGGAGCCAGAUCUAUUUAUAUCUUAUUUAUGGUCUUAAUGUGCAUAAUCAGUCAUUUAUCCAGUGGCCUGCCGUUUUAAUUAUUAGUCAUUAGUGUCAUUAGGUUGUUUGAGGUGACGUGGCCUGGAGUCAACCUUCUCUUCUCUCUGGUCGUUCACAACAUUCCUGUGUGCAUGUUUGGAGCAACUUGAAGGGCUUGUUUUUUUUUCUCUCGUUCCUCAGAAGCUUCUAGUAGAGAAUAGACGGGUAUGAACAGACCCAGCAAACAGAGAAGUGGAAACGGUCACCCAGGCCACCAUUCCUUAUUUUUUUGUCUAUUUUUCUCUGUAGUGUGUAACCCCCCCCCCCCGUGUUUUAGCUGAAUGUUCCUUGCAGCUGCAGAAAGGGCCCAAUGACUGUGCUUUCUCCGUGGGGGGGCUGAAGAGGGCCCCAGGGCCCCAGAGCGUCUCCAUCCACACAUCAAACCUAGUGCUCCUUCAGUGUGUUUGGCCGAUGACAUGAUCAUCAUCACAGACCAAUUACCAAAGCAGGUCUGGAGGUCCUCCUGUGGCGAGGUCAGACGUUCUCUCUGGUUGAGGGCUGACGUUCAACUGGACUCUGGUGUGAAGGAGUUUUGAAUGGAUUCAUGAAGGACACUGAAGCGUCGCUGAUAACCUAGUUUUGAUGUUCUCUGUAUGUUGCACUCAACCAGUCCUAGCAAUUAUACACUGACUUAUUAUCACUAUGGGAGUAUUAUUUUGUCUGACUGGUCACUGAUGAGUAUGAUGCUGUUAACUCUGUAGCCCUCUGUCCAAUUAAAACAGUUGGAACAAACAAA